AUGACCGAUUAUCUGGAAUAUCUCGAAGACUACCUCCAAAGCAUCGAAUACAUUCCCAGCGAUGUUCAGGAGGCAUUUGUGGAGCUCGGUACCAAGGACAAGGAGCUCCAUGGCCUCGCACAGGAGAUACGGUCGGGAUAUCAGGAUAUCCGGAGAUUCAUCAAACAAGAGUACAAGAAAGAGAAGCCAAGCGCCACCCAAUCUUUGGCGGGAAAGUCCACUGCCUCUCCAGAGAAAGAAGCUGCAUCCGAAAAGCCAGUCCAGCCCGAAAUGGAUCGUGGGAAAGAUGGAAAGGCCCAAAAUAGCGGCCAGCUCGAUGGCACUGGAGAGGGGAAGCCGCCCAUCAAGAUCGAGAACAGCACUACCGAGCAACCCGGUGCUGGCCAAAUCAAACCCAGCGACUGGAUUCGCGCAGCUAUAGGAGACAGCUCGAGUACCCUGCGGAGAUAUCAAGACAUACAAACGCUUUAUCAGAGCGCGCUCGAGAUCUCGGAUCAAAAGGUCGAGUUGAUCGACAAGGUGCUGCGAAUGAUCGACAAAAACAUUAGCCGGCUCGCGACAGACAUGGGUCGGAUGAACCAAGAGCCCAGUUCCGAAGCUGCUGCCCCGGUCCUCUCGACCCCACCUCAGCCACAACGAAAGGAUAGAGUCUUGGAAAAGUCGUCAAGCCUUUCCAGUCUUUCAUCAAACAAGCGGAAGGUUUCCAAGCUGAGUGCCCCACGGAAAGACAGGACCCCAAAGAAAAGAGAAGACAGCGGCGAAUCGGACCAAAUCAAUAUCGACGAUCAUGAGGUCGAGCAUCCAAUGGAGGGCGAGGGAGAGCCACUAUAUUGCUACUGCAGAGGAGUAUCCUAUGGAGAAAUGAUUGGCUGCGAUGCCGAGGACUGUCCCAACGAAUGGUUCCAUCUGGACUGCGUUGGGCUCGAUGAACCGCCCAAGGGAGUAUGGUACUGCAACGACUGCAGAGAGCGGUACAAGAAGAAGAAGGUCCGUGGGUGA